AUGGAUGAGCUAACUCCGCUACUUGUAGGUUUCGGAAACACCAACAACACAUCCGGCUCUCUCUUCGGCAAUAAACCGGCCUCGAAUCCCUUCGGCGCGAGUACAAAUACGGGAGGCGGCUUGUUUGGCAGUUCAACAACGACACAACAAAACACUGGCUUUGGGGGAUCAACAGGUGGAUUCGGUACCAAUGCGGGCACUGGAGGCUUUGGGAACAAUACCGGUGGUUCAUCUUUCAGCUUUGGCGGGGCCAAUAAGCCGGCCUUUGGAGCGUCGAGCAGUUCAACGCCCCUCUUCGGUCAGGGCGGUAGUGGAACCACAGGUGGUUUUGGCUCAGGCGCAUUUGGUGCUUCUGGAUCUGGAACCGCGUUGAGCAAUCAACCUGUUCCGCCUUCGGAAGGAACUGCCUCUACGCCUUAUGCUCCGACAUUGGAGAAAGAUGCCUCUAACCAACAGAGCAAUUACCAGAGCAUUAAUUUCAUGCAACCUUAUCAGAAGUAUUCGUUUGAAGAGCUUCGCUUAGCGGACUAUAACGCCGGACGUCGCUAUGGUAGUGCCACAGGAACCUCUGGUGGAUUCGGAUCUAGUACUUUUGGUGGAUUCGGUGGUAGCAGCUCUACUCCGGCUUUUGGUGGUGGCAACACUUCGUCGGCUGGCCUGUUUGGCUCGCAGACAACCUCGUCGUCAACGCCUUUCGGUGGCAGUGGUACUCAAACCACAGGCUUUGGUGGUGGAGGUCUCUUCGGAAGUAAGCCUGCUACAGGUGGUCUUUUUGGCCAGCAGCAGUCCACAGGAACUUCUUCUGGUGGGAUCUUCGGCACUUCGGGCAGUACUGGCGGUGGCUUCGGGGCCGGAGGUUCAGGGACAUUCGGUUCUGGAACGACAGGUGGCGGUCUCUUUGGACAACAACAAAACAAGCCAGGUGGCUUGUUCGGGUCGACCACCACCACCAGUGCUCCCUCAUUCUCGUUCGGCAAUACCGCUCCGACCAGUGGUGGUACUGGUCUAUUUGGAAACAACAACCAGCAGCAGCAACAGUCUCAGCAGCAGUCUGGUGGUUUAUUUGGUUCUGCAAACCAACAAAAGCCACUCUUUGGCGGCAGCUCAGGAGGCUUUGGCAGUACGACAAGCCAGAGUCAGCCUUCUGGUGGUCUGUUCGGUACCUCCACCUCCCAGAGUGGUGGUGGCGGCCUUUUCGGCAACAAUACUGCAACAACUGGUGGUACUGGAACCGGCCUUUUUGGUUCCAACAAUACUACGUCUAAUACUGGGCUGUUCGGUAAUCAAACUCAGAAACCUGGUGGGCUUUUCUCCAACAGCACCUUUGGAACAAGCCAGCCGAGCACCGGCGGUGGUUUGUUCGGCACCAGUGGCACCAACAAUCAACAAAGCGGAGGUUUCUCCUUUGGCAAUGCUGCGCAGAAGCCCGCAGGAACUUCGUUGUUCGGCAAUAGUCGCACACAACAACAAGGAGGUCUCUUCGGCCAGGCCGGUGGGACAAGCUUGUUUGGCAACUCUCAAAAUACGCAGCAGGGCCAGCAACAGCAGCCGGAUUUCAAGCAGUCUUCUUUGAAUGACCCUAAUCCUUAUGGUCAGACUUCAAUUUGGACUGGGUUGCCCGUACCCACCCCGGAGACUGCGAAACCACUUUUCACCCCGUUGUCAGCAACCCAAAAGAUGCGGGAAAGCCAGGCAAAGCCUCCACCAAGUCUCCGUCUAAGCCAGUCGCGGUACAUGACACCUCCACGCCGUUCUGGCUUCGGCUUUUCCUACUCCACAUAUGGAACUCCUAAUAGUGCUGCGAGUACUCCUGGCGGGAGUGGCUUGACCAACAGCAUGUAUGGCAGUCGAAGCUUUGCGGGCGGCAGCUUUGGACGCUCUUUUGGAAAGAGUGCCUCGGCGAGUAAUUUGAGGUCUCAAUUCUCAGGUGACACCGAAGGCAUCCUCAGCCCCGGUGCAUUCGCCCCAAGCGCAAGUCGUUGGUCCAGUGGCAACAUGCGCCGGCUCACCAUCGAUCGAAGCAUUAGGAAUGACCUUUUCACCCGACCUUCUCUUCCUGGUCCACCAGCCAACGGCUCUGAAAAGCCUAACGGUAGUCAGGAGGAGGCGGUCAUGAUUAAUGGUGCCGAAUCUUCAGGCGAGAUCAGCAAAUUGAAAAAGCGGGUCAGCUUUGACAAAGGGACUUUCGGUGGACAGGAAGCAACCUUGAAUGGGGAGUCGGGAGCUCUGGUACGUGCCGAGACCGAUGGGGAAGACUCCGAAUCAGGUAGGACUCUUAACGGCAGUGCCACACCUGAGGCCGAACCUUCACGGACCAACGAGCUUGCUAUGGUGCCUGAAGAUAGGGAAUCCGACCAUGUUUCUCCCCAGAAGGCGGUUCAAGCGAAGCCUGACCCGCAACCCGGUGACUACUGGAUGAGACCUACUCGAGCGGAACUCGGGAAGAUGCCACGUGAAAAACUACAAAAGUUUGUAGGCUUUGAAGUGGGUCGCAAAGGCUGUGGAAAAGUUACUUUCAACGGCGCGGUCGACCUUACUGCAAUCCCCUUGGAUGACCUUUACGAAAAGAUUGUGGAGAUCCGCCUUCGAUCGGUCACUGUCUAUCCAGAUGCUAGUUCAAAGCCUCCGGUCGGUAAAGGUCUCAAUGUGCCAUCGACGAUCUCGAUCGAGAACUCUUGGCCUCGCUCUCGCGGCCAACCUUCAUCUGCUACCAGCGGUCCAAUUUUCGAGAAGCACGUUAAUCGAUUGAAGAAGAUGCACGGCACUGAAUUCGUCAACUACGAAGUCUCAACCGGUGUCUGGACGUUCAGAGUUCCUCAUUACACUCGUUAUGGUUUGGACUAUGACGAUGACGAUGAUCUAAGCCAGAGUCAGUUGUCUGCGCCGCCAGACUCUCUCAGUGGCUCAAGAUCUGGCAACAUAUCGGCAAUGGAUGUUGAUAGCGAGGACCACGAUGACAGCCAAGAUGACGACACCUUUGCUUUCAAGCAGAAGACCGUCCCGGGAGGAUUUGGACGUCGAUCUGCUGUUGACUACGACGUUGACAUACCAACAACACAGAGUGAUGAUGACCUCCACGAAUCUGAGUUGUCAGAGCAGUCUGCAGCCGAAGAAAGUGACAACGAAGUUAGCAUGGUGGGGUCGUUUCCGCCUAGAAGUGCAACAGCCCUUCAGAGCCCCAGCAAGCCCACUCUGAAGGCGAGUCAGAUGGGUACUCCUGGCAAACAUCUUCUCAGCCUCGAUGGUGAUUGGGCUGAGCAACUCCAACAAACAAUCAGUCCUCGCAAGCAGAAUCGUGAGGCUCUCCGCGAUGUCCAGAACAAAAUUCUCCUCGAUCGAGCCUAUGAACCAAUGAAACCGAAAGCGCAAAAUCAGAACGAAUUCCGUACGAGUAUUGACAUUAUGAACUCCCUGUUCAGCAAACACGAGGCAAAAAUGGCAAAGGGAAAGAAAGGACAGGCUGGGCCGGAUUUUGAGUUUCCUUAUUCGAAGCGCGCAAAAACCUUUGGUGAUGACGAAUCCGAAAUGACCGAGAACGACAGACUGUGGCAUUCUUCAUUCAAACCCCAAUUCACUCAACAGAACAAACUGGUAUACAAGGCUGAUGGUGCAGUGGAAAGCGACUCGAUGUGGACCAGAGAUCUUCUCGUCAGCAACGAAGGAGGUGACGUGGAAAUCACUUCACUUCGCAAUGCAACAGUCGGAAUGAGCACCGAAACCUUGAUGGCGAACACAAAAGUCAAGCUAACGGAACAAGUCCCAUUUGUGCACCACGAUACCGUUGCCUUCUCCCAAGGCAAAGAGCAACUAACUCAGCAAGGCGCCAACGCAGACGAAAUUGACGUCUACAAUUUCUUGCAUGUCCUUUUUGACGAGUUCGACGAUGAAUUCACUUGCGGACUAAGUCGGCAGCAGCAGCGGGAGUAUUUGGCACGUAUUCGGAAAGAUCGUCUUUCAAAAUUUCUUGCUGAACUGGUCUGGCGUCGACACACCGAGAAAAUCAAAUACGCCGAAAAAGAAAGUGCUGUAACCGCAGCGCUACUACAACUUACUGCUCAUAACAUCACCGCUGCUUGUGAGAUGUUGACGCGUGAGCAGGAUUUCCAUUUGAGCCUGUUGGUUGCGCAGAUCGAACAGGGAGACGCGACGUUUCAAAACGACAUGGCUGAUCAGAUUGAGGCGUGGAGACAACAGGGCGUACUGAGUGAGAUGUCGGAAGAGAUCCGUGCCAUGUAUGAGCUUCUUGCCGGAAAUACGACCAUUGCCCAAGGCAAGCAGAAUGUCCCCGUGGAGGACAAGGCUAGUACGUUCGCAUUGUCAGAAAAGUUUGACCUCGACUGGGUACAGGCGUUUUGCUUGUGUCUGUGGUACGGACACCAGAAGAAUGGUGACAUUACGGAUGCUGUGGCUGAAUUUGCAAACAAAGUCUCCAGUCGCGAGGAAUCCGCCAGUCCUGUUGGUGAAGACGGCAGGGAGGAUCUGUUGUGGGUGAUGCUCAAGUUGUUUGCCACUAGCGAGAAACCAGGCUGUGUCGAUGUGCCUGUCUUCCCACAAGCUUUAUCAGCUCUCGCUCAACCCUGGAACUCGACCCACGCAUUCCAGCUACACCACUUCAUCGCAGCUGCUGUACAGGGCGUCGAGGUCGACAACAACAAAUCCGACGAUCUAGCAUUGUCACUGGCCUUCGAGUAUUCGGCAAAGGGAGAUGUCGUCGGUGCGAUAUAUGCCGUCGAACACAUCAGGAGUUCAGUUUCCCGGAGCUCGCAUAUUCGAGAAUUGCUUGAAAGACACGCGGCUGUAUUGCCGUCGUCUCCCGAUCUCGACUCUGAAAAGGCGGCUUUCUCAACUCAACAAGGCCAAUCGCAAGUCUGGACCGACCUGACCACUCACCUGAAGGUGCCAGUCAGCUGGAUCUGUCAUGCCAAAGCGCUCUACGCUCGAUCUUGCACCGACGCGCACACCGAAUUGACUUAUCUCAUCCUUGCGGGCGAAUUCGCCGAAGCACAUGAGUGUUUGCUCAAGCGUGUCGCGCCACGCCUUGUGAUCGACGAGGAUUGGGAGACGCUCCAGUCGACUCUGGCCAAGUUUGAUCCGAACCCUGCGGACAAACUUGAGAUUGGCGCGUGGGAAAGUGGAGGCCAAGUGUAUGCUGACUUUGUCACGUUGAUUUCCGCCGCGGCUGUUUCGAUAUUACACAAGGCCUUGAUUGAACUGAACUCUCGGUUCGUCAGCCGUCACGGGGAGACGCUAGCUUUGGAUAAGGAUAAGGAGAACCUCGAACAAAGAGUUGCACUGUGCGAGAUGGGCAGAGCAGUCGCGAGAGCCAUUGAAUUGGAUGAGGAUGACGGGUUGAGUUCAAAGAAAUCAAUACUCGACCUACCACUCACUGCGGAUGGGAGAUUGACUCACGCUCGAGCUUUGGGAGUGGAAUAUUAUCGUGGACUCAUGGCUAUGGCGAGAUGA